AUGAUUAUCAGUGAAAGUGUAUCAAGACGGGCAGACAGUUGCGCGUGUGUGUGCCGUGCGCCGGCGCAGCGUAUUGUAUGCGAACUGGAACAAGAGAAGCACCUGCUGAGACGACGGCUGGACACGACACAAGGGGAGUACGAGGCUCGACUGCUUGAACUACAGAAUGACAUCCGAGAACUUACCGCCAAGAUUGACUCCAGGGAUACUUCUGUUAAACAGCGAGAUGAAGAAAAAGCGAGCCUUAUUGCUGAGCUGACAGCACAGAACUCCAGACUCACAGUGCAACUUAAAGAGUCAUCAGCAGUCGAAGCUAGUCUACUGGCACAACUUGAAGGCUUGAAAGACCAAUGUUCCAUGAGGAAAACCAGCUUACAGGACCAUGUACAAAGUCUGGAAUCUUUGAAAGCCGAGCUGGCGAUGGUGACAGACAAGAGGUCAGAGCUGGAGAGAAGGCUAACAGGGUCGCUCCAGGACAAGGAGAACCUGAUGCAGCAGCUAGAUGAGGCAAACGACAGGAUCGUCGCGUUGGAGAGGCAGUUGAAGGAACAGGAACACCUCUACCAGAACACCUUAAAAGAGCUGGAACGCCUGCAAAGAUCCCAUGACACAUUAGCUGAGAGGAUCGGAGCACCAGAUCCUAUUGACACCACAGACACUGCCAGGUCUCUUCACGCUGAAAUGGAGUCGGAACCAGAAGACCAGGACGAUGGUUGGCUGAGGAGCGAAGCUGUCCAGGUUUACAAGCAGCUGAGAGCGCUGGCGCUACAAUUGAACACCGGUCACGAUGAUGAUUCAGGUCUCCACUCAGAUCUAUCCCUCACAUCACUGGACGGUGAAGAAGGUGAGACGCUAAGGCGUGGAGCACUCGCCGCCGCGUGUGCAGACGCUGUCGCCGCGUACGCUACGCUUGAAGGAUCGCGCGUACGAGAUUCCAUCGCAGCGCACGCGCGUCGGGCGUUAGAAAGAGAGAGACAGAUCGAUGAGAAGAACGAAAUUAUUGCUGAUCUUUCUUCUAAGCUGUCUGUAGCAGAAGUAGAACUUCGUGCAGCCGCCGAGGAGCGUGACAAGCUGCUGAAUGAUGCCAACUACAGCAGCUUGCAGAACGAUGAGGCCGUUACCAAGGCUCGGCAGGAGAGAGACGAGGCCAUCGAGAGGAAGAAGGCUGCUGAGGUGGCUCUAGCCAAGACCAGGGUGGAAUUAAUGCAGGCCAACAGUCAACUGUAUGAAGCUGUGCGCCAGAAGGUGGACCUUGGGCAGCAGCUCGAACAGUGGCAGAUGGACAUGCAGGAGCUCAUCGACGAGCAGAUGAAACACAAGCUGACCACACAAGAGAAGCGAAGGAAGCUUCCAGAACAGCCUCCACCGACCAGAACCUCUCGGCUCCUCGGAUUUUUUCACCGGUGA